AUGGGCAAAGACAAGGGAGAUAUCACCGUUGAGAUUGACGAGGUCGACAACUACGACGCUCGAAUGGAGGCUCUGCUGCCCUUCGCCAAGCCUCUUGCCCCCAAGAAGCUCAACAAGAAGGUGCUCAAGACCGUGAAGAAGGCUUCCAAGGCCAAGCACGUUAAGCGAGGUGUCAAGGAGGUUGUCAAGGCUCUCCGAAAGGGCGAGAAGGGUCUUGUCAUCAUCGCUGGAGACAUUUCUCCCAUGGAUGUCGUCUCUCACAUUCCCGUUCUCUGUGAGGACAACGGUGUUCCUUACCUCUUCAUCCCCUCCAAGGAGGAUCUCGGAGCUGCCGGUGCUACUAAGCGACCCACUUCCACCGUCAUGAUUGUUCCCGGCGGAGGCAAGAGUAAAAAGGCCGACACCAAGGUCGAGUACAAGGAGAACUUUGACGAGAUUGUCAAGGACGUCAAGAAGCUCGAGGAUUAG